AUGGCUGGCAAUUUAACAACUCAGAGCGUGGAACACCGAGGUGCAGGCCACCUCGUGGUGUUCCCUGUCCAACGCUGGGUGAAGGCGAAGCAGCGUUACAAAGUGUGGGAGUUCGACUGCUUCCUCCCUCAGUGCGACCCUGAUCCCCAGGGGAGACGGAACGAGUUGGAGGAGAAGCGAGCGUCGUAUCGAUACAAGGCCAAAUUCCCCGGCGGUCCCGUCCAGGUAGCAAAGCUGCCGGAUGACGAGAAGUUCUCGGAUGAUUACUACAUUGAUUUCGCGAAGAAUAAAGCGAAACUCCUCCUUCAGCGGACCUGGAUCAAAUGGAAUCACAACGAGCGAUGGUCUUCCAUCGACGAACUCCUUUCCCUCUACAAGAUGAGCUUCCAUCAACCCAUCGUAAGGAAGAUCAAUCAUUCCUACAUCUUGUCGAUUCGAAACAAAAUGGAAACUACGAUGAGUGCGACGAGAUGGAAGGAAGACUCGUGGUUUGGCCUGGAGAGGGUCCAGGGAGUGAAUCCCUUCCUCAUUCGUCUCUGCACUGCCAUCCCUGAUAAAUUCGGGAUUCGAGAGGAGGAGCUGUUACCUCAUCUGGGAGGAAUGAGCCUUGCCGAGGCCUUGGAAGCCAAAAGGCUCUUCAUCAUUGACCUCGAAGCCCUCAAAAACGUCUCCGUGAAACCCAACACUGUCCUGUGUUCCCCGCUGGCGCUGUUCUUCCGCAACCGUCGACACGAGCUGAUGCCGGUGGCCAUCCAGUUGUUCCAGGAGAAAGCCCCCGACAAUCCCGUUUUCACGCCCUCGGACCCGCCGUACACGUGGCUCCUGGCCAAGAUGUACUACAGCAAUGCAGACGCCACCUACCACCAGUCCUUCUCCCAUCUCGGGUACACGCAUUUGUUGAUGGAGGGGUGUGUGGUGUGCACCCACCGGAACCUGUCCGUGUCCCACCCGGUGUUUAAACUUCUCGCCCCCCACUUCCUCUUCCUUCUCGCCAUCAAUGCACGAGGCCUGGAGAAGCUGAUCUGCAAAGGAGGCUGGGUUGACAAGACGAUGACGGUCGGCGUGGAGGGCAUGUUUGAACUCAUCGCCCGGGGGGUGGAGAGGUGGAGGAUGAAUGUGGAGGGGAACGUGAGGAAUGAGCUGGAAGCACGGGGCGUCCUUGACCCUGAAGUCCUCCCAUAUUAUCCCUAUAGGGACGACGCAGUCGAGAUUUACGACGCCAUCCACCUAUACGUCCGUGAAGUCGUGCCGUACAUCUAUGAUUCGGACGAGCAGGUGAGAGAAGACUGGGAGUUGCAGCAGUGGAGACUGGAGCUGUCGAGAGGAAAAGAGGCUGGAGGGGUGGGUCUCCACGGAGUCCCCGGCUCAGACACCCAAGGAUUCAACGACAGGGAAGAGUUGAUCCAGACCCUAACCGUAAUCAUCUCCGGCUGUAGCCUCGGUCACGCAUCCACCAAUUUCCAGCAGUACGACGCCUACGGCUUCCCUCCCAACUACCCCGGCAUGCUCAUCGGACACCCUCCCAAGGACAAGGAGCCUCGAACGGAGGAGGACAUUCUUCAGGUGAUUCCGAGCAAAAACAUCACUUGUAACACCAUGGUCAUCACGAAACUGCUGAGCAUGAAGGGAACGAAAUCCCUGGGAGACUUUGAGGUCCAGUAUCUCUACCACCCUGCCAUCCUCGACGCUGUACAAAAAUUUAGAAGAAAUCUGGAGGAAUUGAGCAAAAGGAUCCAGGAAAGGAAUGCGACGCGUGUUCUGCCCUAUCCGUAUCUGGACCCUAUUAUCAUUCCCAACUCCAUCAGCAUUUAAUUACUAGAUUCGGUGAAACUUUUGUCAUUUUAUGACAAAACCACACGUUAUUUUCUUUACCAUGAUGAUGUGGAAUGAUUUUUUUCUUCUGAACGCGUUUUGUCGUACCGUUUUUAAAAAAAAAAUGCAAUUUUGAG